GUUUUUAUGAGGCACAAAUUGUAGACAAUGACAAUCAUGAUAGUAUAUUUGGAGGUGCAAAGAAUAGCACUCCUGAAGAAGAAGAUGCAAUUAUUAUCGAAAUUUCAAACUUGAAAAAGGAUAUAAAAUACAUUGCACGA